GCUACGUUCUCUCGCAAAACACACACAGCUAGAGAGGCAGCGUUAGACUUUGAUUCACUCUCCCGAUGAUCACCGUAAAAAAUAUUUGCUGUCUCGGAGCAGGGUAUGUCGGAGGGCCCUCGUGUAGCGUUAUAGCCCUAAAAUGCCCUGACAUUCAAGUCCAYGUCGUGGAUCUGAGCCAACAACGAAUCGAUGCCUGGAACUCAGAGAAUUUGCCUAUAUUUGAACCUGGGUUAGACGACGUUGUAAAGCAGUGUCGAGGGAGAAAUCUUUGGUUUACGACAGACAUCGAUGCGGCCAUCAAAAAAGCAGAUUUGAUCUUCAUAUGUGUCAAUACUCCAACGAAAACUUAUGGCGUCGGGAAGGGAAGAGCACCAGAUUUAAAAUAUAUAGAGUCCGCAGCAAGACACAUUGCAAGAGUGGCAGACGGUGGUAAAAUCAUUGUCGAAAAGAGUACAGUUCCAGUAAGAGCUGCCGAAAGUAUUACAAGAAUUCUAAGUGCAAAUGCUGAUAAAAAAUUCCAGGUUUUAUCAAACCCAGAGUUCUUAGCAGAAGGUACUGCAAUCAAAGACUUGAUGGAACCAGACAGAGUUCUUGUAGGAGGAGAGCAGACRAAGGAUGGUCUACGUGCUAUUGAAGCACUUGGUUGGGUCUAUGAACACUGGAUUCCUAAAGAAAGGAUUAUCAAGACAAACACAUGGUCAUCCGAACUGUCAAAACUGGCUGCAAAUGCAUUCCUUGCCCAGCGUAUUUCCAGCAUUAAUUCAAUGAGCGCAAUCUGCGAGGCAACUGGUGCUGAUGUGUCUGAGGUUGCUCAUGCAAUUGGGAUGGACUCCAGGAUAGGAAACAAGUUUCUCCAGGCUUCUGUCGGUUUUGGUGGCAGYUGUUUUCAGAAAGACGUCUUAAACCUUGUCUACCUCUGYGAGGCUCUCAAUCUCCCUGAAGUUGCUAACUACUGGUACCAAGUGAUAGCGAUGAAUGAAUAUCAGAGACGACGUUUCACCAACAGAAUUAUAAACUGUCUGUUUAAUACAGUAUCAGGCAAGAAGAUUGSUAUAAUGGGAUUUGCUUUCAAGAAAAAUACUGGUGAUACUCGAGAGUCGGCAAGUAUCUACAUCUGCAAGUAUCUCAUGGAUGAAGGUGCAAUGAUCAGUAUAUAUGACCCCAAAGUUGAAGAGUCACAAAUAAUGCUUGAGUUAGAAGACAGCUCAAUAUCUGAAGAUCCCAGUAGAGUCCGAAAGCUUGUUUCCAUUGAGAAAGAUCCUUACAAAGCUGUAGAGAACGCACAUGCCUUUGUUGUAUGUACAGAGUGGGAUGAAUUUAAGACAUAUGACUAUCAUCGAAUCUACAACUCCAUGCUAAAGCCUGCAUUUGUCUUUGAUGGRAGAAUGAUUCUUGACCACCAUCACCUCCAUGAUAUUGGCUUUCAAGUAGAAACCAUAGGAAAAAUUGUGUCAUCUGGCUAUGUGCUACCACUAACACCCCCACUCCCACCCCUUUGAGGAGUGACAAAUUCUUACUGUCCCCACUACUKCUGAGUAUAGGGGCUCAAACACUAAAUCCAUAAUUUAAGCCAAAAGUUUGUUUAAACUUACAGACGUGGAGCGUAUUAUAAUUAUACAUAUAUUCAUGCAGUCACAAUUCCUGCCACUUUGACAAUUCAAUUGUUGAAAA